AUGGCCUCUCAUCUCGCGAACAUCUUUGGUACAGAGCAGGACCGAGUCAACUGCUCGUUUUAUUACAAGAUUGGUGCAUGCCGCCACGGAGACCGGUGUUCACGAAAGCACAUUCGACCACCUUUCUCGCAAACCAUACUCCUGCCCAACGUUUACCACAACCCCGCUCACAAUCCCAGUGCGACCUACAGCGAAGAUCAGUUGCAGCAGGACUUUGAUACGACAUACGAAGAUUUGUAUUGCGAGUUGGCCAAGUACGGAAAUUUGCUUGAACUCCAUGUUUGUGACAAUGUUGGGGAUCAUUUGAUUGGAAAUGUUUACGCUCGGUACGAAUGGGAGACGGAGGCUCAGGCUGCAGUUGAUGCUCUCAACAAUCGCUGGUAUGCAGGCCGCCCCCUGUACGCCGAGCUAUCACCCGUGACGGAUUUCCGUGAGGCGUGCUGUCGCCAAAACGAAAAUGGAGAAUGCAACCGUGGUGGAUUCUGCAACUUUAUGCACUUACGACUUGCCAGCAAAAAACUCGUGUCAGAGCUUAAAGCUGGCCAAAGAAUCGAGCGCCGACUAAACCCGACCAAGAAUGCAGGUGGUGCUGGUGGAUGGGAACCACCUAGUAACCGUGAUCGCGAGCGACGGAGCGCAAGCCCCCCGAGGGAGAGGAGACGUGAAGAUGAUCGACAUGACAGCCGGGACCGAUGA